AGAAGAAAGUCCACAAGCCAAUGGCAGAGGCACUGCCGGGGCUUUUAUUUUGAAACUCGGGCGGCGUUGAACCUGACUGUUCCUGACGUGAAGGCUGCGUCGAGGCUGAACGACUGUGUACCGGCUCGUUGUUGGUUCAUCCAGCCCAGAGAGCGCAGUCCGGUGCCGGUGUGGCGUGUGUUGACGCGGGUGGGAGCUUAGCUCAGCGCCGCAGUGAUGUCCUGCCACGGCCGAGCCGCUGGCGGGAUUCACGGGCUUCUCCUCCAUCUUCACGAAUCACUUUCGCACGAAGACGACCGAGCUGCGGCUUUGAAAUGUCACGAUAUAGUCGUCGACUUGGGGCAGGAGUGCAUGCUAGCACCAACCGAGAACGAGCUUGUUUUACAGACGUCGUUAUUGUUCUCUAAAGACUACGGGCUGCUCAGCUUCCUCAGGAAGUCCCUGCCGUCAGAUGAGUUGCGGGACACUCGAAUUAAGAUCCUAUGUUUUUUGGAGACGUUCUUGGACAGGGUUUCAUCGAGAGUCAAAGGCUGGGAGAAAAGUUACGCCCUCGACAUAAGAGACACAUGCAUGGCUUUGUAUACAAAGGAAAAAGUGGCCAAAUGUAGGUGUCCGGUGCUGGAGCUCCUCAUUAAGGUUCUCCAAACAACGAAGGCCUCCAGUGUUGCUGCAGACUUUAAGAUCUGUGAAAUAUUCAACAGAUACUACGGCGAGCUUUGUCAGAGGAGCAAACUGCCCGAUUCGGUACUUGGCAAAAUCUACGAGUUGCUGGGAGUUCUUGCAGAGCUUCACCCCAGUGAGAUGGUCAACAACUCUGACAAACUCUACAAGGCCUAUCUGGGGGAGCUAAAAGAGCAGAUGACUUCUUCAACAAGGGAACCAAAGCUUAUUGUUGCUGCUGGAUGUUUGAGAGGAAUCACUUCUCUAAUGGUCAACUUCACUAAAACCAUGGAAGAAGAUCCAGCCACGACCAAGGACAUUUUUCAGUAUGCCCUGAAGGCAGUCAGUCCCCAGAUGGAAAUGAGUCGCUAUGCUGUCACCUGCGCUGGGCUUCGAUUAUUGGCCAGGCAUGCGUCCCAGUUCAGCAGCUGCCUGAUGGACCACUACAGGGCUUUGUUUGAGGUGAUGUCUAAGCUCUGUGGACACAUCAACGCUGAGAUGAAGAAGACAAGUUACUAUGCACUUGAGGCCUUCCUCAAACAGGUUGCGAUGCUGGUGGCGGAAAAUAUUGAGGAGCAUAAAACUAAGUUGAAGUUCUUCAUGCAGAAGUUCUGCAGCAUCAUUAAGACCAUGGAGUCGACACACAAAGAACUGUCCAUUGCCAUACGAGGAUAUGGAUUCUUUGCAGCUCCAUGCAAGAAAGUCUGCCCACAAGAUGUGGACAUGAUGUACACUGAGCUGAUUCAGCGCUGUAAGCAGAUGUACCUGACUGGGUCUGACGGGGAGGACGACAGCUUCUACCAGCUACCCAGCUUCCUGGACUCCAUAGCCAGCGUCCUGAUUCACCUGGACAAGGUUCCAGAAGUGUACACACCGCUCCUGGAGCGCCUCCUUGUGGUGCAGAUUGACAGCUUCCCUCAGUACAGUGAGAGGAUGCAGACUACUUGUUGCAGGUCCAUCCUGAAGGUGCUGGUGGCCAUAGCCUCUAAAGGACCUGUACUGUGGAGUUUCAUUAGCUCUGUGGUUCACCAGGGCCUGAUUCGAGUCUGUUCAAAACCCAUCCUGCUUUCUGAGAACAAAGACAGUGGAAAUGGUCUCUCUCAGUCUUCCCAAGUUCAAGUUGGAAAGUGGAAAGUUCCGUCUAGUCAAGACUACCUUGGACUGUUUAAAGGACUUUUAGACUGUGAUCAGUUGAAGGACUCAGGUUUUUUGGAUGGAGCUUUUGAAAGUCAGAACGCUGCUCUUGUGUCUUUGAGCCGCCUCCUUUAUGACGAGUUGGUGAAAUCGAUUCUCAGAAUUGUGGAAAAAUUGGACUUGUCUGUGCAGAAGGUGACAACAGGAGAGGAGGCUCCAGACGAUGCAGCCCAUGUCCUGCCCUCCUCUGACCCCACAGCUCAUCUGUUGCCCAAUAAGAUCAAGGACUUCACGGCCUUUAUCAACCUGGUUGACUUCUGCAGGGAGUUGUUGCUGACCAAACACGUGGAGUAUUUCCAGGCCUGGAUGUAUCCCUUAAGCCACGAACUCAUCCUUCACUCCAUUCGAAAUCCACUUGUCAGUGGCUUUUACAAGCUGCUCUCUGUCACCCUGAAAAUUGCCAAGAGGAUCAAGUACUACCAGGGAGUUGGCCCCAGAAGCUCUGCGUCCCCCCAGGGUGACACAGUGAAAAGUGCUUGUUUUGCACUCUUCUCAAAGUUUGGAAAAGAGGUGUGUGUGAGAAUGAAGCAGUACAAAGAUGAGCUGCUGUCAUCCUGCUUGACAUUCGUCCUCUCGCUGCACCACAACAUUGUAGCUCUGGACAUCAAGGCCUACUGUCCCGCUCUUGAGGCGGCUCUGAAACUGGGUCUCAGCCAUGUUCCUUUGGCCAACGAAGCCCUGGAUGCUCUUGAGGACUGGUCCGCUCACAUUCCUUUGGAGACUAUGCAGCCCUGCUACACCAACAUCCUUCCUCUUCUGGAUGGAUACUUGAAAACCACCUCCAAAAACAACAAAGACGACAGCAGCUGGGAGGUGAUGUCUUCUUUGUCUUCAAGAAGUGACAGAGGAUACAGCAGAGUGUUGACAAGGCUUCUGAAGCAAUCCAACCAGCUUUCCACGGAAGAUGCUCCUCUUGUCACGGUGAGGCUCAGGGUGGUGAAACUGCUUGGUCACCUGGGAGGAAAGCUCAACAGGAACCUUGUAACUGUGGUCUCAUCAGAGGAAAUGAUGAAGAAAUUUGUCGCCUGGGACUCAGAGAAAAGGCUGAGUUUUGCAGUGCCAUUCAGCGACAUGAAGCCAGUCAUCUACCUCGACCCUUUUCUGCCUCGCAUCAGUGAACUGGCUCUGUCUUCAAGUGACAGACAAACCAAAGUAGCAGCUUGUGAGCUGCUCCACAGCCUGGUGGUCUACAUGGUUGGGAAGAGUGCUCAGAUGGUGGAAGGGAAGAAUAGUUUGCCGCCUAUGUACAAGCUACACAAGCGGCUGUUUCCUGUGCUACUGCGUCUGGCCUGUGAUGUCGAUCAGGUAACCAGACAGCUCUUUGAACCGCUGGUUAUGCAGCUGAUUCACUGGUUCACAAACAACAAGAAGUUUGAAAGCCAAGAUACUGUAGCUGUUCUAGAGGCCAUAAUGGAUGGUGUGGUUGACCCCAUGGACAGCACUCUGCGAGACUUCUGUGGCCGCUGCAUCGAAGAGUUUGUCAAAUGGUCAAUCAAACAGACCACCCCCAAGCAGCAAGAGAGGAGCCCUACUAAUAUGAAGUCCUUGUUUAAGCGGAUCUACAGCUUGGCACUCCACCCCAGUGGUUUCAGAAGACUUGGUGCUGCCUUGGCAUUCAAUAGUAUCUACAGACAGUUCAGGGAGGAAAAUUCCUUGGUGGAGCAAUUUGUCUUUGAAGUUCUCGUCAUUUUUGUCGAAAGUCUGGCUCUCGCACACUCCGAUGAGCGGUCCAUGGGUACACUCCAGCAGUGCAGAAAUGCCAUCGACCAUCUGAAAAGAAUCAUCAAACACAAGGCCCCCAGUCUCAAUCAGCACAAUGCUAAGAGACGUGUCCCAAGGGGCUUUCCACCUGAUGAAAAGCUUUGCCUGUCAGAUGUGGUUUUAUGGCUUUUGGAACAGUGUGGCCGCCCUCAGACCGCGUGUCGGCACAAAUGCAUGGAGCUCUUCUAUGAGUUUGUUCCUCUCCUCCCGGCAAAGAAGUCACCACCUCAGUGGCUGGAAGGCAUAAUGGAGAAUCAUGGCACAAGCUUCCUGAUCUCCCGGUUUGAGGGUGGAGGUCUUCUCUCCCAGCCCACUCUCAGGGACCUGACCGGCCCUUUCAGUGUCAGGGCAACCCUGCAGUGGAUGGACCUACUGCUGGCUGCCCUGGACUGCUACAACACCUUCAUCAGAUUACACAUAAUCAAGCCGCAACACAUGCUUAGCUCCAAGGACAAGUCCAGUUUUCUGAAAGCUGCACAUUACUUUUUGACUGAGCUGGCAACUCACGAACUGGCAGCAGCAGAGAGCUGUUUCACUCGCGGUGAGAAGAGCUCUCACUUCAGCCCAAGAGAGGUGGACCAGUACAACUACAGCAAGUGCACCAUCAUUGUUCGCCUGCUGGAAUUUGCCACAAUGAUUCUUGUCAAAGGAGACCAGGAGUUUUGGAAGCUUUUGGAGCAAGAUAUUUUUUGCGCAGUUUUCUUUGAGUUGACUGCGCUGGUGGUGUGUGCGCCAUCUGCGGUUGGUUUCAACAUGGCAGAUGUUGAGGUAAUGAAGAACCUACCGGAAGUGUGUGUUCCUCUGCUGAGGGCUCUGCUGACCUCAAGGUACUGCGCUCGUCUCGAGAGCAGUUUGCGGACAAAGAUCUCACGUAAAAGUGUGGAGGAGUUGUGUGCUCUAGACCUCUACCAUUCAGGCACUCUGAGCCGCCAUGACCAGAUGGAAAUGGUUCUGUCUUCCUGUAAGCAGAUCCACAAAGCCGGCUUCCUCAGCUCCAUGCUGGACACCCAGGAUUCGGCCUAUGCCAAAUCCCUUGGGUACCAACUUCUAAUGACAGUAUAUAAAGGCAUAGCACCCGGUGAAGACAGGAAGGCGCUUCCAUCCUUGGACAUAAAUACCAGGAGGGUGGCAGAUGGCCUGCUUCAGCUUGCCUUUUCUCUCAGUCAACAGAGUGAGCAGCUGGUGGACUUGCUGUUGAACACCAUCAUGCUCUCUGUGCCAAUAUCUGGAAGCCACAGCAAUAACUUCCUGAGCUUCUCGCACGGCGAGUACUUCUACAGCCUCUUCCAGACGACCGUCAACACUGAGCUGCUGAGAAGUCUUGACAUCACUGUGCCACGCCUCAUGAAAGCUUCCUCCCAAAAUCCCGGCACGGUGAGUGUGUUGCUGAAUGGCAUGCUGGACCACAGCUUUCGAGAGCGCUCUGUGAGGAAGACUCAGGGAAAACAGCUGGUUGAAGAGGUGCUAAGAAGGUGGAAUAGUCUGCAGUCGUGGUGGGAAGGACACUCCUCCACUCCAGAAAGCAAAACUGCUACUCUCUUGCUGCUCUCCAAGCUCCUACAGAUUGACUCCUCUGUCUGCUCCAAUAUCAACCAUGAAGCGUUCAGAGUGGUGUUCUCCACUUUCACUAUGCUGUUGCUUGACACGAAUCUGCCACUGAAUCUCAAGAGUCAGGCCCUGUUGGUGUUGCCCUUCUUCACAACCCUCCCAGAAGAGCCGCUGGCUGAGCUGCAGAGAGCGCUCGACGCCCUGGUAGUGGCGCACUUCCCCAUGCAGUCCGAUGAGUUCGCUAAGGGCUCGCUUCAACGCAACAACUACAUGGACUGCGUUCGAAAGUUGCUGGAUGCCCUGGAGCUUUCUCAGAGCCCACUCCUUCUCAAACUGCUGUCAGUGAUUCUGUGUCGAGACAGAAGACACAUCAUGGAGGAGCAAUUCCAAACCUGUUUCCAAAGAAUUGCAAAGCGGUCCAGCAGCGAGCGGCAGCUACAGCUGCUCUGUACGGUGUAUGGGGUGAUCCAGCAGGGGGACGUGCCGGUGAGCUCCAUGCUGCAGGCCAUGAUGGAGAGGGUUCUGCUGCCUCUGGCCUCUCACUGUAGCACCAAGGCCCUGAGUAACUUCUUUGUGGCAGAGGUCUCCGACAUAAUUGCUUUGCUGCUCAGUCGCUUCACCAAGUCGAGCGAAACAGCAUUUGAGAUCCAGUUGCUGAAGAAGAACGGCUGCUACAAGGUGAUGGAGCUCCUGUAUUCCCGGCUUCCCAAAGAGGAGGUUUACUCCAAGGAAUCCCGCAUCAAUCAGGCCUACUGUCGCUCAGACAAAACAGAGGGGAAUGAGUUGUCCAAGGCCUUGAUCAAGUCAUGUUUUGAAGCUUUCACUGAGAACAUGGCUGGUGAGACUCAGCUCCUUGAACUCAGGAGACACUAUCACUGUGCUGCAUACAACUGUGCCAUUGCUGUCAUCAGCUGCAGCUUCAAUGAUCCCAAAUUCUACCAUGGCUUCCUCUUCAGUGAGAAACCAGAGAAGAAUCAGUUCAUUCUCGGAAAUAUCAUUGAUGUUGAGAGGACCUACAACUUUCCAAUUGAAAUUGAGGUGCCACUUGAGAGAAAGAAGAAAUAUGUCAUGAUUCGAAAAGAAGUGAGCGAGGAGAACGGAGAGGCGCCGGUUUACUUGUCCUCCCAGUCUUACAUGGCCGACAGCAGCCUGAGUGAGGAGAUGAGUCAGUUUGAUUUCUCCACCGGGGUCCAGAGCUUUUCCUUCAGCUCCCAAAACCCAGAAGGACAAAGACGCACUGUUGCAAAAAGAGCAAAUCAUGAGACAGAGGAGACAAGUCCCCCCCAGGAUGCAAUGGUGGACCUAGAAAUGGACGAGCUAAAUCAGCAUGAAUGCAUGGCAACCAUGACUGCUCUUAUUGGACACAUGCAAAGGAACAACAUAACCCCCAAAAUUGAACAGGGAAGCAUGCCGAGCGAACUUCCUGAAUGGAUGAAAUUUCUACAUGGAAAACUAGCAAAUCCAGCUACACCUCUGAACAUUAGACUCUUCAUCUCAAAGCUGAUCAUCAACACAGAGGAGGUUUUCCGACCGUAUGCCAAGCACUGGCUGGGGCCCCUCCUGCAGCUCGUUGUCUGUGGCAACAACGGAGGAGAGGGGAUCCAUUUCAUGGUGGUGGACAUUGUGGUCACAGUGCUCUCUUGGACCAGCCUGGCCAGUCCCAAGGGUAACCCCAGAGAUGAAGUGCUCGCCAACCGGCUGUUGGAGUUCCUGAUGAAGCACAGCUUCCACUCCAAGAGGGCUGUUUUCCGACACAACCUGGAGAUCAUUCGCACUCUGGUUGAGUGCUGGAAAGACUGUCUGCAUGUGCCCUACAGUCUGAUAUUCCAGCGAUUCAGUGGCACCGACCCAAACAGCAAAGACAACUCGGUUGGACUCCAGCUGCUGGGAAUCAUCCUGGCCAACAACCUCCCUGCUUACGAUGCCUCGUGUGGAAUUGAAUAUGAGAGGUACAUCCAGUCUCUCACCAACAACAUGUCCUUUGUAAGGUAUAAAGAUGUCUACUCAGCUGCUGCUGAAAUUAUCGGCCUCAUCCUGAAGAAUAUGACUGAAAUGGACAAGCAACAUCAACAACUGCUCAGUCUCGCUGCAAGUAAGAUAACAAAUCUGAAGAAGGCAGACAUGGAUGACAAGUUCAUUAUUUGCUUGAACAAAGUGUCAAAGCAUUUUCCUCCAUUUAUGGAUCGGUUUGUCAACUACGUGUUCUUCCUCCUGCCGAAGUUGCACGGCAUCUUAAAGACUCAUUGUUUGGAGUGUGUGCUGAGCCGAGCUGAUGUCAUCCCGGACAUCUUUCUGCAGCUGAAGACCACAGGCUUCGUUCAGAUGAUGGGACAUUGUUAUGAAGCAAGACAGAGAGUGUGUCUGGAUAUCAUCCACAAGAUUAUUGGCCUCCUGACUCCAGCUCAGCUUCAGGAGCUCCUGGGAGCUGUCACGGCUUUUGUCUCCCAUCCUUCACCAAUGUGCAGAGAGAGGAUGUAUGAUAUCCUCAUGUGGAUCCAGGACAACUACAGUGAUGGAGAGAGCAUGGAAGACAGCACCUCAGUAGAGGUUCUGAAUGCAGCUAAAGAAACGCUACUUCAGGGACUGUCUGAAGAAAACCAAGGCCUUCAGCUUUAUGUUCGGAACUUUUGGAGUCAGGAGAAGCGCCUUCCCACUGCAACCCUUGACCGCAUGUUGAUGGUGCUUCGUUCCCUGUACUCGUGUCAGAUAGAAAGGUGUUUCUUAAGCUUGGUGACCAAUCUGCUGCUGGAAAUGACCAGCCGGAGUCCCGACUUCAAACGAAACAUGUUUGAGUAUCCUCUGUCAGAGUGUACCUUCCAGGACUAUGUGAUUGAUUCCAACUGGCGCUUCAGGAGCACAGUGAUGACGCCUAUGUUUGUUGAAACCCAAACCUCUCAAGGCCCGGAGAGCGCGGCAGCAUCCCAGGCUGGAGCCAUGAUGGGGAAGCUCAGAGCCACUCAGACCUCCCUGGAGUUCACCCAAACCCAAACAGCAGGUCGACGUACAGCAUAUAACUGGCUGACAGGCGGCAGCGUGGAUACGCUAGCAGAGUACACACUUGGCUCUGAAUCUCUGUCGUCAUUGUUUGUGUUCGAUAAGAAAGUCGAGAGGCAAACUACAGCUAGACGGCCGGUUGGGGAAGGAUUUGGCCUGAGGCGCCUUACUGCACCGACCGAUGAGGUGGACAGUCGCACUAGAGCAGAAAACGAGCAACGCAAUAACAUCCUAAGAUUGAGACGCAGAUUUCUCAAGGACCAGGAGAAAGUCAGCUUGAGUUAUGCACGAAAAGAGAUCCAACAACAAAGGCAGAAAAAGGAAGAAAAAGCGGAUCAAAGGCUGCAGAGAGAGGCUCAGGUGACUCUCUAUCGUAACUACAGAGUGGGAGACUUUCCAGACAUCCAGAUCCCAUACAGUAGCCUCAUCGCCCCCCUACAAGCACUAGCCCAGAGAGACCCAAUUUUAGCCAAACAGCUGUUCAGCUCCCUGUUUGCUGGUAUCCUCCAAGAAGUGGAAAAACACAAACUAGGGGAGAGUGGGAGGAUUAAAGAGGAGCUGCGGAGCAACAUGAAUACACUCCUGAGCAAGAGUACACUGUGCUUCCCUCCGUUCAUAGCAUGCGUGCAGGACAUGUGUUACCAGCAUGAGGAGCUGCAGCAGCUUGACCCGGCAGCCGUCAGCUCCACUUGCCUGGUGAGUCUCCAGCAGCCAUCAGGCAUCCUGCUGCUGGAAGAGAGCUUGCUGCAUGCUGACGUCCACGAUAAACCUCCUGCUAAAAAGCCACGAGGACGCAAAGAAAUCCCACCAGACACCAAUAAAUGGAUCCACCUUGCGAGGCUUUACAGAUCUUUGGAGGAUUACGAUGUUGUGCGCAGCAUCUUCGGUGGUAAAGUUGGGACCAAGUCGAUCACCUGUGCUGCGCUUCAAGCUGAAGCCAACACUGACUUUGCAGAGGCUGUGAAGCUUUACAACGAGGCCCUCAACACUGAGGCUUGGAGUGAUGGUGAGCCCACUGACGCUGAGAAGGACUUCUGGGAAAUAGCAGCUAUGGAGGCCUACAGUCAUCUGACGGAGUGGAAGUCUCUUCAGUACUGCUCCACUGUGUACAUAGAUGAAAACUCCCCACCCAACCUCGAAAGGAUGUGGUCAGAGCCUCUCCACCAGGAAAUGUACCUGCGGCACAUGAUUCGCAGCAUGUUGAAGCAGCUGCAGCUGGGUGAGAGCGACCAAACUCUUCUCACCUUCGUCGACCGAGCCAUGAGGUCGGAGGAGCGCAAAAAGCUCCUGGAGAGUCACUACAGCCAGGAGCUCAGCCUGCUCUACAUCCUGCAGGAGGACUAUGACCGCGCCAAAUACUACACCAACUGCGCCAUGCAGCUCUUUAUGGAGAGUUACUCCAGUGUGGAUACGCUGCUUACUCAGAGUCGGCUGACCAUCCUGCAGUCAGUGCAGGCCUUAACUGAGAUCCAGGACUUCCUGCUGUUCAUGAAAGGAGAGGUGUCUGUGAGCGCCCUCAAGCGGCUCAUCAGAUUAUGGACUGAGCGGUAUCCUGAUGCUAAUGUGGAUCCAGUGAACAUAUGGGAUGAUAUCAUUACAUCUCGAUGCUUCUUCUUGGACAAGAUCAGGGAAAAGCUGAGCGGCCACGCUCCCAGUGACAGCAUGGAGGUGGAUGGUUCAGAAGACCCAGCAGGUGACAUUGACACAUUAGUAAAUGACUGCAAGUUCAACAUGAAGCUACACAUGGCUGAUAGCGCCCAGAAGCAGAAUAACUUUCCCGUUGCUACCAAGCUGCUGAAGGAACUUCACAGAGAAGCCAAAACAAACAGAGGCUGGUUGAGGCAGUGGGUCCACAGUUUUAGCCGCUACAGCCAUAAACGCAGCCAGGUCCAGGGUCCUGCGGAGCAAAUCGGUGCCAUGCUGAAGAAUAUCCCACUCCUAGAGGAACUUCAGGCCGACUGUGAGAGAGCCACACCUAAAAUAUUCAGAUACCAAAAGAUGCUCCAGGGUACGUCUUUCCGCAUCCUGGCCACAGCUGUGAGCAGAAGCCCCUUGGUCCUGGGAACUAUUACACCUGAGAAAGCAGAGAGAGUUGUAAGGCUUUCGGGAGCAGCCUGGCCCGUUGAAAAUCCACAGAAAGUGCAAGUGGGGCUGCAGUUACAAGCAUUGAAGUUGCUGUGUGAUGCUAGCAGAAAGGCCGAUGAAGAGCUUCAGUCUUACGCUCAAGACUGUGUGGACGGCAGCAGCAUCACGGAGACAUACAUGGCUUUGGCUAACUUCUGCGACAAAAUACUACGAGAGGAGGAGCAGAGGGAUACCGAAAGCCAGUUUCCAGACCUCCUGGCACUGCCUGUUCAUGUAGUGGAGAGCAUGUUGAAAGCCCUGAAGAUGAACUCUGAGGAAGCUCGCCUCAAGUUCCCCCGACUGCUGCAGAUCAUCGAGUUGUACCCCUCUGAGACACUAGACCUCAUGACUAGAGAGAUGAUGUCAGUUCCCUGCUGGAUGCUGAUUAGCUGGAUAAGUCAAAUGGUUGCCCUGCUGGACAAGCCGGAGGCUGUGGCAGUGCAGCACAGCGCUGGGCAGAUAGCAGAGUGCUACCCUCAGGCCCUGGUUUACGCUCUCACGAUCAGCAGCGAGACCUACCAGUUUGAGGACUCGGCCAGAGGACACCAGCAGCGGGAAUUUGUCAACAGGCUCCGGAGCACGCUGGAUAAGGGAGGAGCUGUGAAGAACUUUGUGGAUGCGCUGCAGCAGCUUACGAAUCCUGAGAUGCUUUUCAAGGAUUGGUGGGAUUCUGUGAAAAAUGAAUUGGAAAAACCGAGCUUUGACAGGAAGCAGAUGGGCGACAUGUAUGACGAGGUGCGCCCUUUGCUCGGGGAAGGAAACGCAGCCGGUGAUGGAACGUUCCGCAAGAAAUUCAUCCAGAAAUUUGCUAAAGAUGUGCAGAACCUGCUGGGAGCGAAAGGCAGCAAGCUGUUCGAGAAGAGGAGAGACAAAAGCUUUGUGCGGCAGGUGGAUGAGCUGGCGGCAUCCAUGCGUGGAUUUCAGAAGGAACCUGGGAACCUGAAGGAAUACUCGCCCUGGCUCAGUGGAUUUAAAGCAGACCCAUUCGGCAACGAGAUGGAGAUCCCAGGACAGUACGAUGGCCGAUCUAAACCUUUGCCAGAGUAUCAUGCAAAAAUAACAGGCUUUGAUGAAAGGGUGAAGGUGAUGAUCUCCCUUCGCCAUCCCAAACGUCUCAUCAUCCGUGGCGACGAUGAGCGGGACCACCCCUUUCUGGUGAAGGGUGGGGAGGACCUCCGCCAGGACCAACGCGUCGAGCAGCUUUUCGCCGUCAUGAACAUUUUGUUGCGUCAUGACACUGCCUGCGCGCGCAGAGGCCUGCAGCUCCGCACCUAUCGAGUCAUUCCCAUAUCCACAAGAAUUGGCCUAAUUGAAUGGAUGGAGAAUACCUGUACUCUGAAAGAGUUCCUGUCCAGCACAAUGACUGACGAGGAACAGAAAAGUGCUCAAAGGUCUGCUGAAGUCUACAGUAGGUGGCUGUCAACCUUUGCUUCAAAUUCAGGUGUGCGUGGUAUCGCACUAUAUGGUCUGGCCUACAAGAAAGCAAAACGAGCCGAUACGGUCAGUAACUUCUUGAAAGUGUCCCAGCAUGUGCCCGGUGAUCUCCUGAAGAGAGCUUUCCUGAAGAUGUGCAACAGUCCUGAGGCUUUUCUCUCCUUGCGAUCUCACUUCAUCAGCUCUCAUGCUUUGCUGUGCGUGAGCCACUGGAUUCUGGGUAUUGGAGACCGACAUCUCUCCAACUUCAUGAUCAACAUGGAAACGGGAGGCAUGAUCGGCAUCGACUUUGGUCAUGCAUUUGGUUCAGCCACACAGUUCCUCCCUGUUCCUGAGCUUAUGCCUUUUCGGCUGACCAGACAGUUCGUAAAUCUGAUGCAGCCCUUGAAGGAGUCGGGUUUGAUCCAGAGCGUCAUGGUUCACUCCCUGCGAGCCUACAGGGCCGAGCCGGACCUUUUGCUCAACACCAUGGACGUGUUCGUCAAAGAGCCGUCGCUGGACUGGAAGAACUUUGAGCUCAAACAACUGAAGAAAGGAGGCACGUGGACCGAGACCGUAAACACCAAAGAAAUCAACUGGUAUCCCUUACAGAAGGUGAACUUUGCCAGAAGAAAACUAGAAGGAGCAAAUCCAGCUGCUAUAACCAGUGAGGAGCUGAAGCUGGGCUUUGAGAAGGACCCCGCCUUCCCGGGGAUGCAGUUUGUGGCCUUGGGGACCGUGGAGCACAACGUUCGUGCCAAACUUCCGGCUGCAGGCUUGUCAGUGGAGAAGCAGGUGGACUGUCUGCUUGAUCAAGCCACGGACCCAAAUGUGCUUGGCAGGGUUUGGGAGGGGUGGCAGCCGUGGUUCUGAUUAACUGAUUAGUGAAAUAUUUCUAAAUAGUCAUUCACAAUAACAGGCGUGGCUCGAACAGAUGUCUAGAAUGUCUGCUAAUGUUUAGUGGUCUUAAAAGAUCCCUGUAAUCUCAAAUGUUUCCUCUUUGGUACCUGAGAAAAAUGAUUUUCAUGUAUUGUGUUAUGUCAGAGUUUGUAAGGUUGGAUUCUCAUAUUAUCUCGUGCUGAACACCAAAAAUUUAAAAUCAAGAAAUCUAAGUCUGGAAGAAGGAUGGAAUUUGGGAAUUGUAAUACUUUAAGAUUCUUUUUUUUUUUUUAAAUGAGACACACUGUGGACACAAACACCAUCAUUUUGGCCAUUUCCUGCGCUUGCGCUCAAUUUGAAGUAAAC